UACAUAGCAAAGGUCUGCUAUAAAGAAAGAACACACCGUAUGCCCUGAUUGACCAAUUAGAAUCGAGUAUUCAACAGAGCCGUGUAAUAAUACAUAAUAGACAACCUCUAUCAAAAGAACAUUGCACUACGCCAUUAAAAUCUCAUUCUGAAAUUCCAAAUAUAGACGCAUACAAUUGCUUGAGGUGCUUUGCACUAUCAAAUUAGUGUUGUAUUUUCGGAGUGGCAUCAUCUCAGUUCAUUAGUUAUCUCAGUAGCUGUUUGACUCAGACAUUAAAGACAAGUGCAUUUACAUAAACCCUCCCCGCCCGGCGAUCCAAAUGCAUUUCUGGCUUUCUCUCCCUCCUCUAAGACCAAUAUUUUACCUCUCAACAAUUGAUUUGCCCUCCGCCCCCCUUCGUACUUUAACCGAGUCCAUUAUGUUGUGCAGAGUCAUCAGCUGUGAACUAUAUACUCAUAUUCUUCUCCACUCUCAUUGUCCUCCUGCACAUUAUAAUCAUUCAAACACUCACUCGUAUAACGGCAACAAAAGGUACUUUCAGACCACCGAUGCUCUGCAUGUAUGCGGAGCACUUUACAGAAGCUACAAAUCUGACCUCUGAGGUGUGCAGCUCGCCUUCGCAGCUCAGAUAUAAUUCAUGUCAACUUUACGAUUCUUAACUACAACGUCAUAAACAAAGCACCGUUUUUACAGUCGCAACUGGUCACAGUGUUUUUCAGCUCUGAGUGAAUCCUGCUGCGUUAUUGACCGCUCGUGUGGGCUGAACGACCCAGUAGACACAAGCAGCGCCACAACAGGGCAGGGCAGGCUCCCUCAUUCUAAGUGCUGUUCAUAUCCCGGCCAUCAGCGGAUGUGGAUCAAUGCCUGGUUUUACAGCUUUGCAUCCUUGAAAUGACUGAGCAAAUAAAGACGGCUUAGACUGUCAAUCAGAGACUAUUAGUAAAGAAAUUCCUUCAGUAACAACCACACGUACACACACACACACGCACACACACACAGAUCAGGACAGAUGAGAGGAGAUGGAGAUGUGAGUGGAGGGUGGAGUCCCUGAGUUGAUGGAGUUGUGGGAGAGAUCCUAAAGUGAACUGGCCAGGAGGUAAAAUGCCGGCGAGUAGUAACAGAGAUGGAGCGUUUGCAAGUGGAGAGAGCUUUGGAUCAUUUCGGGGGAUUAACAAUCUAUGAAUUCAGUAUUUCCUUUGCACAUGGUGGACUUGUUUACUUAAAGGAAGAUGCUCUUUUGUGUCUAACUGGUCUGCGGUUUAAGUCAGGAGGUUUCAUUUAAGUGAAUGCAACUGCUGAUGCCUGUACAAACACACUGACAAAAAGGAGGCGGCAGGAGGAAGUUAACAUUGAGUUUUUUUAAAAGGGCUUUUGCACAGGCGGUAUCUAAUGCAAGGCAACAAUGGGAUUGGAUGGCAUGGAAGUAAUUGCCAUCGUUGUUGUCAUCGGACUAUUUGUUGUCGUGCUCAAACAGUUUGGGGUUUGGGAGCCCCUGUCCCUCGACGACAGCUGUGACAGCGACUUUGAGCUCUCGAUGGUGCGUCACCAACCCGAAGGCCUCGAUCAGCUCCAAGCCCAGACGCAGUUCACCAGGAAGGAGCUCCAGUCGCUUUACAGAGGCUUCAAAAAUGAAUGUCCCAGUGGGCUGGUGGAUGAGGAAACUUUCAAAACCAUUUACUCACAGUUCUUCCCUCAAGGAGAUGCAACCACGUAUGCACAUUUCUUGUUCAACGCGUUUGACAUGGACAGAAGCGGCUCCAUCCGGUUUGAGGACUUUGUGAUAGGAUUGUCUGUGUUGCUGAGAGGCUCCGUUACAGAGAAACUCCGAUGGGCGUUCAACCUGUACGACAUCAACAAAGACGGCUACGUUACCAAAGAGGAAAUGAUGGCAAUAAUGACGUCCAUUUAUGACAUGAUGGGCAGGUAUACUUUACCCAGUGUACGAGACGAUUCUCCCUACGAGCACGUGGAGAAAUUCUUCCAGAAAAUGGAUCGGAACAGAGACGGAGUGGUGACUAUAGAUGAAUUCAUAGAAACCUGUCAAAAGGAUGAAAAUAUAAUGGCUUCCAUGCAGCUCUUUGAGAACGUCAUCUAGUUUCUGUAUAGAGGGACGUGGAUCAGUAAUGCUGCGUAGUGCUUCCACUGCACGCUGAAAGAACUUCAUCCGUCCCGGAAAAGGAAAAACUGGGUCGCGCAACACAUUUGACACAUUUUAAUACAAAGUGUGGAACACUAUUACUUUUCCUUUUCCUGUCAAACUUGUGCAGAGAAAUGUGCAGAAUUCACUGAAUCACUCGAAGAAGAAGUCUCUUUGCAUGACAACUUUUGAUUUUGCACAUGAGGGAAAUGUGAAAAAUGUCAUGAGCAUGAGUGCUUGUCCAACAUUUAAAAGCAUGUGAUGCAAACCACAUUAAAAAACACAAAACAAGGGGUUUUAUCGUUGACCACUUUUAAACUUGGGAAAUGAGAAUACUUUGUUACUGUAUCAUACUGUAAAGAAAUAAGUAUGUUUAUAAGUUCUUCAGAGUUUUGUGUGAACCCUGUCAUUGUCAUGUUGACCCAAAACCUGCUGAAAUAAACACCUUCACAUGAUAA